UCACAGUUCUUUCCACUCCACCUGGUGGGCUUCCCCUCCCACACGUGAUUUCCCGCCACCUUUCCCCUCGCUCCUCCGCUCCGCUGUGGCACCUCCGAAAUUCAACCUCGCGCCCGCCUGCCCGCUCACAACACCGCACCUAACCAACCAGCGAACCAAAGUAUGAAACCCCGCCCAGCGCACACGAUCCCACGAUGAUGACCUCCGGCUUCACCAACGCGCCCGUGUCGCAAUUCCUCGUCUUCGGCACCGUCGUCGGCGCGCUCGUGGCGAGCUUGACGGAUACCCGGUAUUAUAUCCAUAUCCUGGUUGUGCCGCAUGUUUGGGGCUAUGGGCAGUUUUGGCGGUUUUUCACGUGGCAGGUGUGCUUUACAAACUCGACGGAGGUGCUAUUCGCGGUGCUGAGUUUCUACCAACUGAGGGUUGUAGAGAGGCUCUGGGGGAGCCGGAAGUUCGCUUCCUUCCUCCUCUCCACCCUCCCAUACACCACCCUCCUGCCCCCACUCAUCCUAACCUUCAUCCUGCGCCCCCUCUCCUUCGGCCACAUAAACCACCUCCCCGCCGGCCCCACACCCAUCAUCUUCGCCCUCCUCGCGAACUACUACGCCGCCAUCCCGUACACAUACCGGUAUAAAAUCGCGCCGUAUGCGCCGUCCUCCGCAUCGCCAGGCUCGACCUCAACCACGCAGACCUACGCAAGCGUCUGGGCGAAAUCCAUAACCUUCACCUCGAAAUCCACCGUCUAUCUCGCGCCGUUGCAGCUCGCGCUCUCGCAGCUUCCGGGCAGCUUGCUGGGUGCGGCGGUCGGAUGGGCGGUCGGCACGGCGUAUAGGCGGGAUAUGCUGCCUGGCGCGACGGGCUGGAGGGUGCCGGGGUGGAUGGUGGGCGAGGAGAGGAAGAGGGGGUUUGAGGGGCUGCGGGCGCGGCUGGAUGCCGAGAGGGAUAGGGAUGGGGCGGGAGGGGGGCUGGCGUCGGGGAUUCUGGCGGGCGAGACGGGCGGGCAGACGAGGCAGAGGGCCAGGAGGACGCUGGGGGAGAUGGUGGCGGAGCAGUUUAGGGGGAGAGGAUGAGAUUGUAUCACAACGUGGUAUGAGGAGGCGUUGCGGAUGUAGCGGGCGAAAGGCCGGCUCGAUGGAGGCUGGGGUAUAGGUGCAUGAAAUUAUUUGGUGCUGCUGCAU